GUUAAGUAAUUCGACUAACAUAUUUGGUGUAGUAGCUCGACUAACAUAUUUGGUGUAUCGAGUUUAGUAACUCGACUAACAUAUUUGGUGUAAGUAAGUCCACAUUAGUUUCCUGUGAAUUUCGGAAUGGCGGUAUGGAGACGAUAGUUAGCGGCCUGCGCCGUUUGGGCGUUGACAGUUUCCGUCUAUGACCUUGAACUUACUUAUUGACAAGCCCAUGCAUGUCGUUAUAAGGUAUGGGCGUGGCAUUCUACAUAAGACAGGUUCAAUGUGUGUGCAUUGUCAAUUUAAAGCGUCCCAGAGAUGCCAGGUGGUAUUGUUCAAAAAUAACCGUGAGUGUUAACACUUUGGUUUAACUGGUUCAACGCGCAAAGAGCGCCACCGGUGGACACGUGAUCAGGUGGCAAGUUUCCACAUAUUAGACAACAUAAUGUCUAUUUUAUAAAUUAUCCUGGCUAUUUCUCCUUAACAAAAUUAUGAAUUUGGAAGUUCCCCAAUUAUCGGCAAAACGCAAUGCUCAAUGAGUUGCUAACAUCAGUCUGAACGUGUCCCCACUUGUUGGUGGUGGAGGAGAAAUACUCUCCUAUGUCACUUAAAUAGGGCGGUCUAUAUUUGGGGGUCUUUUAAAAUGUUAACACUUUAUUUCUGAUAUUUAUCAAACUCGAUGAUGAUAAUUAUCAAACUAGAAGAUAAUAUUAAUCAAAUUAUAAUAUCUUGUUCAGAGUCUGAGAACAUUAUCGGAAUCGGUGAUUAAAGGCGAUAAAAUUAUUUUGCUGCCCUCUCGGACACUACUUCUCAACUAAGAGCAAUAUUUUUUUUUUUUUCUUUAAUUUAUUUUCUGUUUUUUCUGUUAUUUGCUCGCUGACAAAGGCUUCCUGCCAACACGUUCGUUGUUUUGUUGCGUUCCUUUUUUCACGUUUAACCUUACUUUGUUUAACUCAUUUCCUAUUUUGCUAACCUGACCGCAGUCUCUUCCCUUAUUACCCUUAUUAUUGCAGUAUGGUGCGACGCCAUUUCUACAAUGAGACAUGUACGAACAAGCUCGAUUUUCCCCCAACCAAGCCCACCACCCUUCCAAACAUAGCCCACCACCCUCCCAAACCAAGCCCACCACAUGCCCAAACCAAACCCACCACCCUCCCAAACCAUGCCCACCACCUUUCCAAACCAAGCCCACCACCCGCCCAAACCAAGCCCGCCACCCUCCCGCCACACGCCCAAACCAAACCCACCACAUGCGAAAAGCAAGGUUACCACCCGCCCUGCCCCUACCCAACCUAACCACCCCAAGCAAAUGUGGUUUUACUGUAACUAUUACCGCUCCUCGCCGGAAUACCACUAAAAUAUUACUAGCACAAUAUCCUGGUUAUGUAUAGUUUAGCGUAAACAACAUUUUGUCAACCGCUCAGGCCCAUCGACCAGUGUGGAGUUAAGAAUCCAUUGACUGUAUUUAUCCUACUACUUAAACACGCAGUUAUUAAAUGUCCCCCACACACACACGCACCAAUGAUCUCCUUAUCCGAAGAUACCUCUACCCCUGUAUAUAAACAGACGCUGGGGUCGUCGUAUGGGCCCUGAAACCCCCUGCGACUACGAGGCCCUCGGAUAUUUAAAGGACCCAAAGGUGUGAUGUGGAAAAAUAUUUAGACUAUCAACGUUGAAUUCUGUGGCCACACAAUCAAAAAGUGGCAGGGGAUCUUCCAAAGACAGCUCUGAACGCACGUAACGAGAACCUCUGUAUCCAGCAACAAAUCUACCCCUCCUUCCAAUGGGCGAACGAAAUUAGCUCAAAUAAUUUACUCCUAAACAUGGGGAGCGGUGGAUAUUUAGCAAUGUUUAUGAAACCUGAUUUUGGUUUGAUUUUCUACUUUAUUUAGCUAGUUUCUGGUAGCACACAAAUGACGUAUUGCAAUUUGGGUCACAGUAUAUCUUUCAUUAAGUCACUAUGUGGUAUCACCCCCCAAAAAAAACACAUCUUCACAAAACCUUUGGAUCCCAUAGAUUAAACAAAUCCAGUUGCCUAUUCCUUAUACCCAACAUGGGCAAUAGCCUUUUGUUUUAAUCACAAAGGUGACCAUCAAGCCACAUCAAAUGCCACCUUUCAUGAAAUAUUCAAAUCUCCGCUAAAUACGUGUAGUAUGAGUAAGAAAAGUUAUUAUAAUGACAGUCUGGCCACAAUAAAUUUAAGUACAAAUAAAGGGGAACACUUUUUUGUUCUUUUAUUAAACAAAUUCUAUUUUAAAAUCCCUAUGUUACAUCAGCUGCACUAUGGUUUAAAACUCGGCCACAAAGCACACCGCAGUUGAGCACAAUGAUUAGCAUUUUUAAGUCAGGAACGAUCCGUGCCCGUAAGAUUCAAAACUGGAGAAAAAAAGUUAACUCAAACGUUAGAGUGAAAUGUUUUAACCAAAUAUUUCAAAUUUGGGAGAUCUUUAAACAAAAGAUAUCGCCACGUUUCACCAAAUAAAGCUUAAUGUUAUGCUAUCUUAAUUGUAUGAUAUAUCAACCUUAAAGUUGUGAUAUAUCAACCUUAAUGUUAUGAUAUUUCAACCUUAAUGCCUAUGAUAUCUCAACCUUUUCAAAAUACUCUGGUCAGCUUCCAGAUACGAAAUUAAAGAAUGUCAGACUAUGAUGAGAAGGCUUUAUUGUUCUUUCACCUGGCCGAUGUGGACGGCAACGGCAGCAUCACACUGAAAGAACUGGUGGAUGUGCUGCACAAAGCUGGGGACAACAGCAGUGAGGCUGACGUUAAGGUUGGUGAUAAGGCGUUUUAGUUGGGCCAUGAGUUAUCUACCGAGACUUCGCUCAGAUCAGUGAUUGGCUGGAGAGGAUUAGAGAAGAUAAGAGCGUCUUAGGUUAAACUUCUUGAUGAUUAAUAUAUAUAUUGUUAAAUCUUUUUGGGAUUAAUUUGACGUACACAUAGUUAAAAAUAACAUAACUAAGAAUAGUUAUAUUUAACAUUUUGGCAAAAAUUAUCAUAGGAAGAUUUAUACAGAUACAGAGGGUCUUUCGAAUAGUUGGAUCUCAUAAAUAGAUAAUUUAUUUAAGUAAUCUUAGGAGCUGGCAAUUGUUUUAACGCUUUUCAUAAUUUAAAGAUGCAUUAUAUAAUGAUUUAUUAAGUUUUGAACAAAACAAAAACAAAAAACAAACAAACAAAAAACUACCAGGUAAAAAAUGAUGAACCAACGAAUAUAUUAUUUCAGGCACUUUUCGGCACCAUUGACACAAAUCAAGAUAAUAAAAUUACAUUAGAGGAGCUUAAAGAAGUGCUGGCCAAACAAGAUCCUAAGAAGAAACGGUAAGGACUAGUCACCAUUUUAUCGUAAAUAACAAGUAAUUUUAAUUAAAACAUUAACUAUUUUUUCACAAAAUGAAAAUGUCAAACCAUUGAAAUCUGUGCGGUGAAAGAAAAAGAAACGAACCUUGGUUUAAGUCCUAGUGCAUUUCUCCUAGCUCAGAGUGGGUAAAUUAACGGACAUUACGUUAAAAUUAAACCCAAACUGUUGUCCGUAUAAGUCUGUAAGAACUUAACGAUGUCUGGCAAAUGAAUAGUAGUAAUAUUAUCAAAAGCUUUUAAAGAGAAGUGAACCGUGAAAUCUAAUUUUUUUUUAACGAUAAGAGUAAUAGGCAGGGAGAAAUUAAACAGAGUAGAAUGCCAUACAGUAACGUUAUAAAGUAGGCUCGUCUGGGGAAGGGGGGGGGUCGUUAUAUGGCAUAGACUCGUAGACAAAUAGUCAUGUGCAUUGUGGAAAAAUUUUUGAUUCAUAAUUUCAACAUUUUUUUCAUGAAAAUGUGUCUUACAAAUAUUUUUCCUUUAAUAAAAUAAAGAUAUUUACAGAUUUAUAAUAUGUUAAUACGGUGACGUUGGAGCUCAUUAUAUUUUAUCGAUUGAUCAACUCUGACAUGGUUUCAUAUAUCAAGUUAUUACAGAUAUCUCACGAUAUUUUUCUUUUAUGUUAACAUUCUUUCAGAGAGUAUGCGCUUCGUGCAGCUUUUAAAGAGAUCGACACUGAUGGUUCCGGUUUUAUCACGAAACAAGAGCUGGAGUCUUUUCUUGCUAACCAGGGUGUUGAUGAUGACGUGACAGAGUUCAUUGCCCUCGCUGACAAGGACGGUGAUGGGCGUAUCAAAUUUGAGGAGUUUCUUUCUGUGUUGUCUUGAAAUGAUUUUAUUUAAUCACGAUUGGCUUCCCCUUGGAACGAUGCGGCAUAAUGUUAGAAAUAUUGCAUGACUCAUAAGUGCUGUGACUACACCGUGUUAAAAGUCACCCUGACCUCCCAAAGUCUAAGUUCUAUUCAGACAUUUUUUUUUUUUAACAACUGAAAUCUAAAUCAACCAAUUUUCUCCAAUGUUUGUUCGAAUAAAGAGUUAACAUAUUUAUUUCUCUUGUAGUUAAUUAAUUAUCAUCUGCUGGUUUUAUUUUAUUUGAACAUUUCCGGUGUGAGUCUAGCUUUGCAUUUAAGAAAAUUCAUUUUUCAAAUUUUAAAAAAAUUUUUUUUUUUCCUUGAAAAUUAUGCUUUAAUACCUUGCAUUUGAUUCUAUCGUGGAUGGAUUUUUUUAAAAUGUACACAGCUGAAUGUCCUUUGAUAUUUAAAAACUGAUGUUGCUUUGACUGCAUGUUGACUUUAUCUAUUGUAUGUUAAAAAUAUAUAAUUAAACACAUUUUUAUUGAGUUUUAUGAAUCAUUUAUUAAAUACAUUCAAGUGCUCUUUAUUUUGUGAAAAUAUGGUGACUUGGUUUUGAAGAAUAAAUGGAUACAAGAAAA